UGUGGUAAUUCAUUCGAUCAAAAUAGUCAAUAGUGACAUUACAGUGUCGAUGUCGAUGAGCAGAUAUGAUUACGGUAACAGGUCCACAUGUGACAUGGAAGGCAUUUACAAUCCUAACUUCUGUAAGAACGCAUGUAAGCAAAGAUUUCAAAUCCCGCACGUUGUACGACUUCGUCGGAGAGAACGCAACAGAUCCCGGUCGAUAGCAAGGGUGCCUUCGGAGCAGCUGCAGCCGGCGCCCAACCAUCACCCGGGCACCAGGGGGCGCUCACGCUCCAGGAGCCGCACUAGAUCCAGGCGUCGUUCGCAACCCAGGGAAAGAAGCCGCUCCAAGUCAAGGGAGGCGCAGCUGCGCUUCGAGGGCUCAGCAUUUGGUGGCAAGAAGACACCUGAGACCGCCUGAGCCGACAAAGUGAAAGGAAUGGACCACGGCCGGAGCGACGAGGAGUGCAGACCCUUCGGUCAGCUCGGUGCUCUUGUCUCGGAGUGGAUGUUUCUCGCCAGAGUGCCUCCACUGGCCACGAGCCACUUGUUCGAGCGACCCGGAAUGUGCUCCUCUACAGCGUCGAUGGAAGGCAAGACGGUGAUCGUAACUGGCGCCACAUCGGGCAUUGGCUUGGAGACGGCGAUGGAGCUUGCGCGGCGCAAGGCACGCGUCAUCCUGGCCUGCCGAGACGUGGAGAAGGCCAGCGCGGUCGCCCAGCUGAUCCGCGCCGAGACGAAGCAGACCGCCGUGGUCAAAAAACUCGUGCUGGACUCCUUCGAGUCGGUGCGCGAGUUCUGCGACCAAGUGAACCGAAGCGAGGACAGGCUGGACGUGCUCGUCAACAACGCCGGCCUCAUCAACUGUUCGACAGAGUUCACGUACACAAAAGAUGGCUUCGAGGCCUGCUUCCAAGCGAAUCAUUUAUCUCCGGUGCUGCUGACUCUAAUGCUACUGGAGAAGCUGCGGAAGAGCGCGCCGAGCCGGAUCGUCAACGUGUCCUCGGACUCGCACUGCAUCGGCGACGUGUCGCAGCUGGAAGCGAAGGCGCGAGGGAGGUGCACGCUGCGCACGCCCUUCGCGGUGUACGCCAACAGCAAGCUGGCCAUGUGCCUCUACACCGUCGCGCUGGCCGACAAGAUCAAGAACACCGGCGUCACUGUAAACUCCCUCCAUCCAGGCCUGGUGCAGACUCCCAUAGCAAGCCAUGGAUCAUUUUUGCGCAAACUGAUUUUUCAAGUUGCAGCGUACACCAAAGGAAAGACGGCCGUGGAAGGCGCACAGACAACCAUACAGCUGGCGGUGGACCCGGCGCUCGAGAAGACCACGGGCGAAUAUUUCGAAGAAUGCGUGCGCGCCGACGAGCGCUACCGUAACCCGCUGCUCAAGGACCGGGCGCUGGCCGAGGAGGUGUUUCGAGCUUCGGUCAAGCUGGUCGGAUUUGACCAGCAGCUGCUGGAGAGGGCCAUCGGCAGCCCGUCCAACCCGUGCGCUCUGCAAGAGCGCGCAGGCUCAGCGUCACGUGCGCACUGAAUGGCCAAUAGCAACGGUUCCCCGCCGCCCGCAUGUACCUAGCUAUUUCAACUGGUAAAUGCGCUUACAGUCCAGACGUUGGACUGCAAUUAAUUAUCCUGUCGUUGACUAUUGUUUCCAUUGAUUUGAGUUUGUCUCGAUACAUUUCAAUAAAGACAGAGGUGGUUCCUGAUGGGGGCUCCUGCAUCUGCAGUGCACAUUACAUAGAUUACAGAAAGUAGUUCACAGCACAGUGCAACAGAACUCGCUUUUUUCGUUUCACUUUAGAACAUCCAGGAUCACACAAAAUAGGUUCAUACACCACCAUUAUAAUAAUAAAGUUAUGAAACAACAACUAAUCGCUUCAAAAUAGGAGUUUCGGUGCAUUAUACACAAAUACACAUUAAACAUAAAUAUUUGCACUAUACAAGUAAAAAUGUAAACCGCUUAAUCCUGAGAAUCGAAAGUAAUUAGUGAUAUCGAGCAUUUGUUUUAUUUACGUGCCGUCUACGUUAAUGUUCAUUGAUGUUCAAAUGCUACUAGUCUGGAAAAAACAUUUUUUUUUUUUGCAUUCGUGACUGCUGAAAUAAUAUUGAACACAUCGCUCUUCAUGUAUGUUUGAGUAAUGGCAACUUUUAUUGGGAUAAUUUUGUAUUGUACUUUUAACUAUACCUUUAUGGCUAUAUGUUCAAAUAUUGUAUUACCGUAAUCAUUGACAUGGUAAUGGUGAAGCUUCUGAACUAAUGAAUAAAUAGAAAAAACUUUCUUGUACGUAGGGUACCCUCAGUUAUUCGGUUCUUUCUGUUCUAAAAAUAUUUAAGCGACUUUUCGUGUAUUACUGAAGAGCUUCAAAUUUAAAAAUAAGAAUUGCAGAUGGUCGUGUGCCAAGGUUGAGACAGUUGGUAUGGAAUGACCCGAAUGACACUUGAUAAAAGAACACGCAUAAAGCUUUGUUUCACGUUUGCGGCAGCCUUGUCCGCGGCCCACUAAGCGAUUAAAUAAUUAUUUUUAACCCUGUGAUGCCCAAUAUAUAAGUUUUGCUUUGUUCAUUUCGUCACCUCAACAUUUCAAUUUAGGCGCAGUAAACUUAGGCAUAACCAUAGUAGCGUUAUCGAUACGCUGGAGGUAGUUUUUAGUUGUAGUUAUAGCAGCAAACCAAGCACCAAAUAAUUAAUUGCUAUACUAACUGAAUUUUCUUUCAUACAAAUUCUUUUUUUAUAUAUAAAUGCGGUCCACAUGGACAGAAAGAAAGGGGAUCAAGUUAUUAUAAAUUUCUUUGUUGGGGAACUGUCUUUGGCUUUGUAGACUGAACUGACUGGCUAGCGCGAAAUACAAACACAAAGAUUACUUUAGCUCUUGAGCAAGCUAGAAGAGAAAACAAACACAAAGUGUCCAAGUGAAAUCAUUUUACUUGACGAAUUCUGACACAAGGCCCCCGUUUACAUAACCGAUAAGUUUUUAUCACACGAGACAGCGAUCUGCACAGCACGUCUUCCUCAGUCAAUCAAUCAAUAAAUAAAAAAACACCGCAUAUCCACGGGGUGAAUGAUGAUGAGUGGACGAAGCUCCGGAGGGAAUCAUCGGUAAACCGUGAAUAUUCCGUGUAAUUCGCCCAGUCUCGCCGCACUAAAUCGAACGAUUGACUUCCACCAAUGACACGCGCCAUAUGUGACGUCAUUCCUAUUUUAUAAAAGCGCCCUUCAUUAUAAUUGCACCAUCUCCCGCUUAAGGGGACGCUAGCACAAACACGUUAGAAACGUGCAGCACACUCUAGUAACUGGGAGAGGCCACAGCGUCUUACGCAGCCGUUUACACAUGCCGGAACGUGCACCGCGUUUGCCGACGCCAUCAGCGUUUAGGAAUACGGGGGUAAGGCGGAGAGGCCACAGCGUCUUACACCAGCUUCUUGCACGGGCCGUAACGCGCUAGCACAAACGCGUUAGAAACGCGCAGUCUUUCGUUAAUGUUGGGUAUUUAUUGUCAUCGUGGUGCGUUUGUCCAUGUGCGCUUCGUGGCGUAGUGGUUAGCGCCGCGCGUUGGGAAGCGAGGGGUCCUUGGUUCGAUUCCGCGCUACGGACAGAACUUUCGUAAUUUUUUUUUCAUAAAAGUAGACGUGGCUACCUACUACGACGACGACGACUACUACAUACUACAGAGGAGGGACAGACCCACACCCUAAGGAGCUUCGCCCCUAAAACGAGAAACGACCCUAACCCUUGACUUAGGCGUGUCUGCUAGUGGCACUCGCACCUCAGCGUUGGUAUUCCCUGGUGUAUUGCUUGGGUUAAAUGUGUUUUCUUUGUGUUAACAUUGUGUUAUUAAAGUGAAGUACGACACAGACACGGAGAAUGCUGGUGAAUU